AUGCUAAAAGACACAACGGUCGAAGCUCUGGAAGAUGACUUGGCAGGCUACUCUCAAGACCACUGCAAAAUAUCAUAUGUUCAAGUUCUCAAGGUCUUUCUAGAGGUCGACCAUUCGGAUGAAGUGCUGAACAUUUGCGCUUUGGAGAUUUUGUGGUCAAACAUAGAACAUGCAGUACCGAUGAAGCUCUAG